UCUCCAAUCUAGACCAAAAAGAAAAAAAAAUUCAUCAAAUGGGUUCUUGCAUUAGCAAAUGCAGACCCAAGAAAUCAUCACAUAAUUCCCAAGAAGAAGAAGAUGAAACUCAAUUCAGCUAUGUCCAAGAUAAGCUUGUAAUAAUCUCACAACCACCACCAAAAAUGCAAAUCCCUCCGAAACCAAAACAAAUCUCAUCCCCGUCCCCUCCGACGUCGCCCUCCGCCUCGACUUCCUCCGCCGCCUCCUCCUUCACUUGCUCCUCCACCAACACCGCAACAAGCCGCUCGAUUAGCUCCUCCUCCUCCUCCUCCUCCGCGUUGUCGAAAGGAUGUUACAGAUCAUCAUCCUUCUCCAACGAGUUCUUGUGGUCAUGUUACAAGGAAAACCCCCACAUUAUUCGCAUAAGUUCAAUCAAAGAAAAUAGUGUAAAUUCUAAUACACCAACUGUCAAGCCAGUUGUUUCAACUAGUACACCAAAGAAAAGACUUCGGUCAAGCUCGCCAAGUAGUAUUAAUACUACUACAACUCUAACGAGACAAAAGAGCUUUCGGAGAGAUCAUCACAAUUGCGGAACACUAAUGAGAUCAUCAUCGCCUUCUCCGAGUCGAAGAUUUGUCAAUGGAGAUCUUACCAACUUACAGAAAAUUAAAGAGUCUCAGAGACACUCAAAGCGUGUGGUAAGUACAAAUUCUACGUCGUUUUCAAGGACGGACAAUAUUAUUAAAUUUAUUCCUCCAAGUCCAAACAACAACAACAAUAAUUCUAGUACUGAUAAUACUCGGCUAAUUAGGCCCUGUUUGAGGAGUACUAGUGGUAGAAGUACUAGGGAGCCGGAGCAAUAUUUUACAAGUAAUGUUGAUCGGAUUGGUUCGAAAAUCGACGGGAUUGCGAUCGAGGAAGCACUUGCUGAUCAGCAUGAACUCGUCGACUCUGUUUUGAUGGAGGACAUUGAUAACCCUCUAAUCUCCUUGGACUGUUUCAUUUUUGUUUAG